AUGACUGUCGGAAACAUAGAGUAUAGCGAAGCACGGAAAUUUAACAUUGUUGAUAAAAAGCUUCCUACCGUUCGAGCACACGAUAUUUUAAUCAAAGUCAAGGCCUGCGGUGUCUGUGGUACCGACCUACACAUCCAUGAGGGUGAAUUUGGAGCCCAAUUCCCACUAGUACCCGGCCAUGAAACUGUCGGCAUCGUCGCAGCAUUCGGCACCGAAGUCAAUGGCUUCACAGUAGGGGAUCGCGUGGUGGCCGAUAACUCGGAGCUAUGCGGACAUUGUCACUACUGCCGUCGAGGCAAGGAGCUCUUCUGCGAGAACUUUAUAGCCCAUGGUGUGAUGGUCGAUGGCGGAUUCGCCGAAUACGCUGCCUACCCGGCCUAUCGCGUAUUCAAAAUCAAGAACCUGUCAGAUGUCGAUGCCACCUUGCUGGAGCCUGCAGCCUGUGCGGCACACGGGCUGGAUAAAAUCGCCCCGCAGAUGGGAUCCAGUGUUCUUCUGUUCGGCGCCGGUCCGACAGGACUAAUGUUAGCUCAGCUUCUUCGCCAGAAUGGUGGCUGUCGAACUGUUAUUGCUGCACCGGGCGGGUUGAAGAUGGAGCUGGCCAAAUCGCUAGAUGCUGCGGAUGAGUUUGUUGAGCUCCCGCGGGAAGAAGAUGCCGCGGCUGCUAGGCUGGAGGAACUGCGAGGGAGAUAUCCAUACGGCUUUGAUAUUGUUGUGGAAGCCACAGGUAGUGAAAGGGUUCUGGAAAACGCCAUACACUUUGUCACCAAAGGUGGAAAGCUGGUGGUAUAUGGGGUCUACAAGGAUGAGAGCCGCAUCUCGCUGUCACCGAACAAAAUCUUCAAGGAGGAGAUUCAUGUUCUCGGCUCGUUCAGUCAGACAUACAAAUUUCCAGCUGCCAUUGAUUAUCUUGAUUAUAAGCCCGGCUUUUCGCUCAUAGAUAUAUAUCUUUUAAUUAUAUUUUGA